AUGGAAAGGUUGUCUCAUGACCUAAACCUGGCGCUCGAAGAGAGUAAUUGCUGCCGGCAAGAGCGGCGGAAGCUGGGAUUACGACGACGCACCAGGUCCGCCGGGAAUUUACCGGCUGCUGUAACUGUGAGCCUCGUUGAAGAUGGCAGCUCAAGCAGUCCACCUCAAGCACCCCUUAUUACUCAACCGCUAUCAGACUCUGAUGAUCCCCAUCUUAAUAUACACAAGUCCGCUAAUCUCAAGUCGAGACAAUAUUGCCAAAUAGGCAAUUUUGAGUCUGACUCAUUCAAUGAAAAUUUCUCCCCCACUCGGCCAGCAAAUGCUAGAAGGAAAAGGAAAUAUAAGAAGGUGCCUGGGGAAUAUGCGGACGGAAAGAGAUCUCCACCAAUUGAAAUAUUAAGUGUGACAACUGAGCCCAAUGUUUCACCCACUGCAAUAAUUUUACAAACCCCAGGUUUAUCUUCCUUAUUACAUGUUAGCAAGCAUAAACAAGAAAGGAAUGCAUUCUGUGGCAAAAGAAAAUGGUCACACAGGGAUAAAGGUGAUGCUUGUGAGAUGAGAGAGAGGUCAUUCAGUGGGGGCUGCUCAUCCAAAUCAGCUUUCUUCAAAAACGACAUCAAAUCCAAAAAGCAUGACAUAGACAAGAAGAGAAGAGAAUCGCUCGUGCAGCCAGGUAAAAUUGUUCUUAAAUCACAGAAUGCCGAGGACACAAAUAGUUCUUCCUUCACAAAUGCACUUUCCUUGCCAGGCAGUUCAAGUUUUAACUUUGUCUACAAAAAUGCAUCGAAGAAUGGCACACCGAUAUUGUCCAAAAUGACCGGUUAUCGGAUAGCAACAGAUCUACCGCCCUUCUUUAGUCCAACAGGCAAAGGUGGUUUAGAUGGAAAGUAUUACAGGAAGAUCAAAAUGCUGAAUAAGACUCACCCGUCUAAUUCGCUGAGAAACCCUUUGCUAUUUGAUGACUCCAACAGUGGGAUGGAUUGCGCUGGUAAUGAGAGUAGUUCACUUAGUAGCAGUGAAUCCGAUGGUGUGAUUACAAAUGACAGUGACAGGGAAGGUGAUGACGAAUUAACAGACUGGCCCGGAAUCGAAGAGCUGAAAGUGUUUAACAAAAGCCUGACGUUCAAAUCGUCUAAAGUAAACAAUAACUUCACAAAAUCUGUCAGUAACAUGCCUCCACCAAAGAGGUUGAAGACAGACAACAUAAAUGUUAAAGGCUGUAGCAAUUCUAAAAAUAGAUUCAAAAAGAAGAGAGCCAAAGUCGACUCUGGCAAUGAUGAAGAUACAAUGAUGUCUGAUUCGAAAACUAUUGUCGAUUUGGACGAUGAAUUAAUAUUGAAAGAGAAUAGGGAUAUUCUGCAGCCGAAUUCGUCUUUCUCGAGUUUCAGCGAUAUCAAGAACGCUGGUGUCUCUGGUAAGAACGCCGAUGAGACGUUUUUUCAUUCGUUCCAGAUGUUUAAAGAGAAAUCGAAGCAGAACGAGGAAGCUUUCAACCGAACGCCUCGCACGAAUUUCACUCUACAGAAAACUUCGUCGAGCGACUUGAAUGUUAGCGAGAAGUCGCCACAAAGCGAUCACUAUUACAGCGAACAUUCUAUGGGCAAUGUACCGGUGAACGAAGUUAGAGAAAUAAGGGCUGGGUGCCGUCGAAUAAGAGAGGAACGUCCAGGUUUCCUUAUUUUGAGCGCUGCAAAUGAACAACUGUCUAAAUUCCUUCAGGACUCCUGCCAAACAGAGCUGAAGCUGUCAAGUUUCCAUGAUACCGAGGAAAAGGAGAAACUGGAGUCGCUGGCCAAGUUGUACUCCUUGGAGUUGCAAGUUGAGAUGGGUCGACCCAUAUUGAGGAAGACUAGCAACACAAUGCAAGCGAUACGAGUCGAGCAUUCGUACCAUAAUUUUCCAUCGGAUCACAAGCGCAGAUGUUACGGAGACGAUCCGGAUUCCAGUUUGAGCCUUAGCGACCAGAACUCCGUUAAUUCUAUCAACGAUUUAGAAGUACAAGUUGAGGCUCAAGAGGACCAGAAGGUGGAUACCACGAACAAAUUAGCUGAGACUUUCUCGCGAACGCUUGUCGAUAACUCCCUACUCGACCCUGGUGACAUUGAUUAA